AUGAACUCGGAUGAAGUCAACAAAAUGUUCAAUCCGGGCCCGCGCAAGACUGCUCAGCGCCAGAACUCCUCGUCAUCAAUUGCCUCGACCGCGUCGUCAACUUCCACCAUCUCCGCUACCUCCCAGCCACAGACCAACGGCGCAGUACAGCCUCCUGGGACGGAAGCUGGCAGUUGGGCAGCGCGUAAGAAGCCUGCGCGUGGUCUCUGGCCGCCGGGCAAGUCAGAGCCAGCGACAGGUAUUACUACUGCCAGGCCACAACCCGUGAGCUCUGCAACCUCUGGCGCGACCGCUUCUUCGGCGAUAUCCGCACUCCACGCGCCUUUGCUUCCGUCGCAGCAAAUGGCGAACGGCAAUGGUCAGACCAACGGUGUGAUGAGGGACCAGCAACCGCAAGCAAUGCCACCUGCCAUACUACACCUGCUACCCAUGAACGGCACCUUUGAGCGCAAGACCAUUACUGUACCCUAUGCUCCAGACGUUCUCCGAAUCGGGCGACAGACCAACCAGAAGACUGUGCCCACACCUCUGAACGGUUACUUCGACUCCAAGGUCCUUUCCAGACAGCAUGCCGAGAUCUACGCUGAUCGCCAAGGACGAAUCUUCAUCCGAGAUGUCAAGUCCAGUAACGGUACAUUUGUCAAUGGCAUGAGGUUGAGUCAAGAGAAUAAAGAGUCAGAGCCUAGGGAGCUGCGCGAACAGGAUGUCCUGGAGUUGGGAAUCGAUAUUGUUUCGGAAGACCAAAAGACUGUUGUACAUCACAAGGUGGCUGCCAAGGUCGAACACGCUGGCAUCUAUGGGUCAAGUAAUGAUGCUCUGAAUUUCGGAGAUCUCGAUCCUAGCGCGGGACCCGGGCUUGUCGCAAGUCCACAUCAACUCAAAAGGACCGGAAGCCAAGGCUCAGUCAAUGGACGAGGUGGAGCAAAUCCGGCCAUGAAUCAGCAAGCCAUGAACAUGGGAAUGCUUAACCAGCCACAGCACAUGAGGAAUUGGUUGAACCCGAUCACGACGGAGCACAUCGUGAAGAAGCUCAAUGUAAGUGAAGCCCUCGAUUUCACGACAAACUCGACUGAUUGGGUCAAGCACGAAAUGAAACUCGCCAUGCAGCAAUCGCAAGAGAUUGCACGCGCAAGACAGACCGUCGAGAACAUGCUCGGUGGAAAGCUUGAACCGCCGCCGCCUGUCCCAGAGAAGAAGUCCAACUCGGAGAAAGCAAGACCUUCACCAACCAAGUCGAAGCUUGACCUCAAGGCUCACUUCUCAGAACCUCCCGCACCGCCGCCACAAGCACCUCUCCCGGAGAAGCCAGACGUCGCGAGAGCACUUGCCGAUCCCAUCAUUCAACCACUACUUCGCCGCACGGAUACCGCUCGAACGCCAUCAGCAAGCAGCUCACCUACCAGGACUGACCACUCUGGCGACAUUCUCCGUCUGUGUGAAGAAUUGAAGUUGGCAAAGGGAGAGUUGAGCAGCCAAAGUGAACGUAUGAAGAGCUUGGAGAAUGAUCUUGCUCAGGAACGCACUGCGAGAGAAAACGCAGAGGAAAGAGCGCAGCGGCUAGAGCAAGGCCCUAGGCUGGAUUCACCGACCAACGAAGGUCACCCAAGCGCAGGAAACAGCCCCAGCUCGUACAGCGAUACUGCGCCCGAUCUCCAAGCACAGCUAGACCGGUUGCGGACGUCGAUGGACGAAAUGAAGCAGCAAAUGGAGUCGUAUCGUCAAAGGGCAGAGGAGGCAGAGACGGAACGUGACGAAGCCCGUCAGACUCUUGCGGAGCUCGUUGAGCAGAAACGCAAAGAAAAUGCCGACCUAUCUGGGAAAAGCACGCGGUCGUCUUCGAAAUCCCCACGCACACCAGCAAAGCGCAGUUUCCAGUUCGAUGGCACUACUUCUCCAGAGCCCAAUGGCCACGCCCUAGCGCCGGCUAACGUGAGAAGCCCUACUUCUGUCAGCUUACUGGAACGCGCGGGUGUGGAGGACGGACAGCCCAUCACCAAGGAACAGGCACAGAUCAUCACACAAUUCCUAUCACAAGAAGUUCUUGGGCCUCAGGCGAGGUCAAGAACAGGUGAAGGGGAUUCGUUGCUCUACUACGGGUUGCCCUAUGGUUCCUUUGCUGCGGUGGUCGUCCUUGGUUAUAUCGCAAUGACUUGGGUCAAUGGCUGGCCGAAAGUGGAACGAUGA